CACCUUGCAGAGUAGCCUUUUGAUAUCCAAUGAUCCCCUCAUUGUCUCUGCGAAAAGAGAUUUAAGGUCUUGAACAGUGGAGGAACGUCUGCUGUAGUCUGUUUCAGAGAUCAGUACCAGUAGCUAACAAUUUUUGAAUGCCUAGCCUGUGUUAGGCUCUGUUAAGUGCUUUAGGUGUGUGACCUUUAAUUUUCACGUAUCUGGGGUAGUUUACCCCGCUUUUAUAGAUGAGGACACUGAAACUCAUAAGAAGUAACUCCUCUGAGGUCCUACAGUGUAGGGAUCUGCCUGCUGAUCCCAGGCUCUCACCUUUCCUUUCCCACUGACUAGAUAGAAGAGGCUUGAUACUACAAAGCAAGGUCUUGGCCUCUGGCAGCUGGCCAAGUGCUUAUUGCUGACCUGGGCCGUGGGUUGUGGGAAUAUUGGCGGGUGGUGCCUGCUAGGAGGUAGGGAAAUGGAUAGUUCUGGUGCCUGCGUGUAGCACGCAGCACUUAACUGGGCACCUGAGACUUGCAUUCUUCCUCAGACCUAUUCUGAGGGAAAGGUAGAGUUUAGGGUUAAUCCACAUGCCCUCUAGCCUGGUCUGAGUGAUGGCAGCCAGAGCUCCUGCCAUGCUGCCGCCAGGAGCUCAGGGGCAGGGGAGAGCCUUUGCACGUGGAAGUGGUGCCUGGAGGCAAACCACCGAACAGAAAAUUGGAACAGAAUUAUAUAAAUUAAGGUCAGAAAUUUCCUGUCCAACCCACAGGGUGGAGUUUUCUCCAUUCCUAUCCAUCCUACUGAAUAUAAGCCCUGAUUUGAUGUCAGUAACUGGAAGGAGCAGCUGGGAGGACUCCCCUUUCAGCUGUCUGCAUUCAGCAUGAACCUCAAGGUAGUCCUCGUGUUCCUGGCACUGUCCCUCAUUACCAUCUUUGCCCUGGCCUAUGUCUUGCUGACCAGCCAAGGUGGCUCCAGCCAGCCUCCCCGCUGCCCCUCCGUGUCCCCCAGUGCCCAGCCCGGGACACACCCCGGCCAGAGCCAGCUGUUUGCAGACCUGAGCCGAGAGGAGCUGACGGCUGUGAUGAGCUUCCUGACCCGGCAGCUAGGGCCAGGCCUGGUGGAUGCAGCCCAGGCCCGCCCCUCGGAUAACUGCAUCUUCUCGGUGGAGCUGCACCUGCCCCCCAAGGCCGCAGCCCUGGCCCACCUGGACAGGGGGAGCCCCCCACCUGCCCGGGAGGCACUGGCCAUCGUCUUCUUUGGCGGACAACCCCAGCCCAACGUGAGUGAGCUGGUGGUGGGGCCACUGCCCCGGCCCUCCUACCUGCGGGAUGUGACGGUGGAGCGUCACGGGGGCCCCCUGCCCUACCACCGCCGCCCCAUGCUCGGAGCUGAGUUUACCCAGAUGUGGAAGCAUUUGAAGGAGGUGGAGCUCCCCAAGGCACCAGUCUUUCUGGCUUCUGUCUUCAACUACAAUGGCUCCACUUUGGCACCUCUGCAUGCCACCCCCAGUGGCCUGCGCUCGGGGGACCGUGCUACCUGGAUAGCCCUCUACCAUAACAUCUCAGGUGUUGGGAUUUUCCUUCACCCAGUGGGGCUGGAGCUACUGCUGGACCACAGGGCCCUGGACCCUGCCCACUGGGCUGUCCAACGGGUCUUCUACCUUGGGCGCUACUAUGCAGACUUGGGCCAGUUGGAAUGGGAGUUUAAGGCUGGCCAGCUGGAAGUGGUUAGGGUUCCUCUCCCCCUGCCAAAUGGGGCUUCAUCCUUGAAGUCCCGGACCUCCCCAGGUCCUCUCCCUCCUCUUCAGUUUUCACCCCAGGGCUCCCAAUAUAGUGUGCAAGGGAACCUGGUGGCAUCCUCCCUCUGGACAUUUACCUUCGGUCAUGGGGUGUUCAGUGGCAUGAGGAUUUUUGAUAUUCGGUUCAAGGGCGAGCGGGUGGCCUAUGAAGUCAGUGUCCAGGAGUGUGUAUCCGUCUAUGGUGCUGACUCACCCAAGACAAUGAUGACCAGAUACUUGGAUAGCAGCUAUGGACUUGGCCGUCACAGCCGGGGCUUGGUUCGGGGAGUCGACUGCCCCUAUCAAUCGACGAUGGUGGACAUCCACAUACUAGUGGGUACAGGGGCAGUCCAGUUGCUCCCGGGGGCUGUGUGUGUAUUUGAGGAGGCACAAGGACUACCCCUUCGGAGGCACCACAAUCACCUUGAGAGUCAUUUCUAUGGUGGUUUGGCUGGCUCGGCCCUUGUAGUCAGGUCUGUGUCAUCAGUAGGCAACUAUGACUACGUUUGGGACUUUGUACUGCACCCAAAUGGGGCGCUGGAAGGGCGGGUCCAUGCCACGGGCUAUGUCAACACGGCUUUCCUGAGUGGGGGUGAGGAGAGCCUCCUCUUUGGGAACCGUGUGGGGGAACGAGUGCUGGGGGCAGUGCACACGCAUGCCUUCCACUUCAAGCUGGACCUGGACGUGGCAGGGCUGAAAAACUGGGUGGUAGCUGAAGACGUGGUGUUUAAACCUGUGGCAGCCCCUUGGAGUCCAGAGCACCAGCUGCAGCGCCCACAGCUGACUCGGCAGGUCCUCGGAAGGGAGGACCUGACAGCUUUUUCCUUGGGAAAGCCCCUGCCCCGCUACCUUUAUCUGGCUGGCAACCAGACUAAUGCCUGGGGUCACCAGCGUGGGUACCGAAUCCAGAUCCACAGCCCCCUCGGCAUACACAUGCCCCUGGAGAGCGACAUGGAGAGGGCCCUCAGCUGGGGGAGAUACCAGCUCGUGGUGACGCGGAGGAAGGAGGAGGAGUCACAGAGCAGCAGCAUCUAUUACCAGAAUGACAUCUGGACCCCCACUAUGGCCUUUGCUGACUUCAUCAACAAUGAGACCCUCUUAGGAGAGGACCUGGUGGCUUGGGUUACAGCCAGCUUCCUGCAUAUCCCCCAUGCUGAGGAUGUCCCCAACACAGUGACUCUGGGGAACAGAGUUGGCUUCUUGCUCCGACCCUAUAACUUCUUUGAUGAGGAUCCCUCCAUCUUCUCCCCUGGCAGCGUCUACUUUGAGAAGGGCCAGGAUGCUGGGCUCUGCAGUGUCAACCCUGUGGCCUGCAUCCCCCACCUGGCGGCCUGUGUCCCAGACCUGCCCCCUUUCUUUUACCAGGACUUUUAGCCCCAAGGGUGUGGUGGGACAUGGAGGGGGGUUGCUGAGACAUUUGUACCUUUCUCUCUGUUCCCACUUCCUGCUCCCUUGAUUCCUACCCUCUUAAUGUCCCUUAGGAAACAGCCUCCCACACUAAACCCGUAUAUAUCCCUUUCGUUAAUUCUUAUUUCCAGUUCAUUUUGUUUAAAUGAUGGAUUUAUACAAAUGAUAUGAUUAUUAAGAUAUUCAAGCGAAACCCCACAAAUUCUACCACUCAGAAAUAGCCAGUGUUCACAUUUGGUGAACGUUAUACCAGACAUUUCUUUAUGCAUGUGCAUUGAAAUGGAAGAAUAGAUAGAAUUUUGUAAAAAUAGAUGGUGUGUGUGAUUUAUAAUAAAAGGUGCUACAAGAUUUAUCGCUUGAAUUUCUUCUAUUUGACUUUUGAAGUAUCUAGAAUCACCCUGAGAAUAUUAAGAACUCUGGCCAAGGAAAUUAGCAAUGGAAGAAGAGAGGGCAAGAGGGACAGACCAGGCCAAGGAAUGCCGCUUGGGAAGCUGCGGGGCUGGGGGUGGGGGUUUCCUUGGAAGCACAACAAUAGUUCCAAGUUACAGGAAAGGGAACAUCUGGUCCUGGAAGGUGGGGGUUGGGUGAAGAAGCCAGGCGAGGGGGACGAGGGUCUGCUCUGCGCAGACCCAGCUCCUUACUGCUGGUGCCUUUCCAGGCUCAACUGGUCAGUUGCAUUAUUUUUAAAUCCCACUCUCCUUCUGCCUCCCCCAGCUCUCCCCAGUUUCAACCCUGACCCAGAAAGCGGAGUCUGAUUUGGAGCCUGGAAGACAAAGCCAUGUAAGGUCUGUGGAAAUCACUCCCGCCCUGCUUGGGGCCCGCCCCGCAAGCCCGGCCUGCCCCGCCCCCUCCCCAGCCUUCCCAUGUCCUUCCCACCCUCCCCACCCUCAGUAUCCUGAGCGGC